AUGUACAAACACGACCCCGAGAAGGAAAAUGAUGCUAAUGUGCUAGCCUCUAGCAAUCACAGAAUUCAUCAUUCUGAACAAGAGACUGCAAACUUUACAGAUCUGACCAGCGAUAAAAGACACAGACCGGGCAAAGGGAAAAUUCCAUCUUUUCAUUCGUGCCGCGAAGACGGCGAGAAACCACACGAUCUUCUGGAUAGAUCCUGCCCGAGGUCACAAUUGAGCCAGGAUGUGCAUUCAAGUAGUUCUCGGUCACGUGAUGUCAUUGCUCGUGAGAGUCGACAGGUUACUUCCGAACAUGUCGAAAAAGUGGGCUACUGCAAAGCCUACGAAAGAGGAACGAGAAAAAUCGGUACCCAAGGCUUCGAUUGCCGUGGAAGGAAUUCUGACAACGAGGAAAACGAACGAGAAGACACACGGGAACACAAUUCGGAAUGUAAUCCGUGCCGGGCGUCUGGCGAACAAGUCCCAAAAUAUAGCACUAACUUGCCGAAAGGUCAGGUGUUAUUCAAUGACAAGGAAGAAGGCAAGUCUUUAGAUGCUGAGCAAGAGAUUAGUUCGCUGGGAAUGAGUCGUUACAGAGAGUUAAAUAAAGUCGCUCAAAAUGGAAACAAAGGAGUUAAUCACGACAGCAGGCGCUCAUGUCAGGAUGAUAGCGAAGAAGUUAAACUAAUUCAACAAUUGGAGCCAAGUGGCGAUACAAACAGUAAGAGGUUGAAUGAAAAUAACGUAGAAAAUAAAGAUGAUGAUGAGAAUGGAGACUUAAGUGUAGCUAUAGCGAAUAGCGAUGCAAAAAUUAUAACCAACAUCAACAACAACAGUAAUUACAACAUAAAAAAUAAUGUUGACGUGUAUCCAACUUUGAGACGUACCAAAGAUAACGUCACCAGUAAGACGUCAUCGGAUAAUGGUGUUUCUUUGAACAGUCAGAGAAUCAAGAAUAUGGAUAAAAAAUCAAACGGGCUCUAUGCUAACGAGCAGAGAUAUGGUAUCAGUUGCGGUUGCAAAAACAAAGCUAAGAUCAGAGACAAUGCAAGGGGAUUUGUGACGGUGCCAAAUGUUAAGGUGUUCCAGUCCCCAAACUCAGACUUAAUAGCUUUAGAUGUACAAAGCGAUGAAAGCCUGCCAGAAAGACGAGAAACAUUGUUUAUAUCAUGUGGCCCUAAAGAUAUUGCCAUAGACGACGAGUUACUGAUCGGGAGCCAGAUUGAUAAAAUCCAAGAAAACGUCGGACAGGAAAUGUACAUUUUAAAAACUGAUUCCAAAUCUGGCCAAAUCGACGCAAAGUCAGAAACCGAAGACCGUGUCACGGCGCUGUUACUUACAACCCAGCAGCAUGAGGGCAAGGAAAAGACGCACUCGUUUGAGAACGUGGUCUCCCAAAGCGCACAGCCGCAGUUUACGAAUCUUCGUCCCCUUAAAAAGAAUAUUCUCAUGCGCGAGUCAGCCAGGAAGGAAAGUUUAGAGGAAAAUCAAAAGCUUCCUUGCAGAUGUCAAGAUCUGCACAUCGCCUUUGAACCAUUCUCAUUGCAAAAGCAUUUUAAGAAAUCUAAAGUGCAUUGCCGUAACUGCAUCGUACACACGGCACCAUCGGAGCAAGUUAAACAAGACAGAGACGCAAACCAAGUCUCUGUACCUACUAAGGACGCUGAAAUCGGUAGUAACGCAUUACACAAUAAACCGAUGUCACCUGCUCGGUUCACGCGAACGCAAACACCUUCAGCACCGCCUUUAAUCUCUGCUGAAAAGCUUACCAAUCCGAGACACCCGAAAAAGACCCUGCUCGAUAACUAUCUCCGAGAAACGAGGGAAACGCUUAAAGCAGACGAAGUUUCAUUAUGCGACCAGGGCUUGCAAACUGCUCUCUCUCUCGGAUCGACUUCUGUGCCGACAGAAGAAGCGAGGCAAGAAAGUCCUGCUAACGAAAUCCCAGAUGAAAGAGUGAGUUUCGAAUUGCAGCUGAAUAUGGCUUCUUUGACGGCGUCGACUUCACAAUCCAUGUUCGAUAAGCCCGGUGAUGCUCUGAGUUCAGAUCGUGUCGUCGGGGAUUUUAAUUACCAACCCGAAAAAGACACCAGCUCGCGGUUUUCUGUGCUUUUUGAUGAAAGGAACACAACGGUGGAUUCAGAUUCACAACAAUAUUCUGAAAAUCAUGAGAGCGGCUCAGAGUUUCCUUUUGCAUUCAGUCUGCUAAUAUCUAUCUAUCCUGGUUUCUAUCUAUCUAUCUAUCUAUCUAUCUAUCUAUCUAUCUAUCUAUCUAUCUAUCUAUCCUGGUCUCUUCCUAUCUAUCUAUCUAUCUAUCUAUCUAUCUAUCUAUCUAUCUAUCUAUCUAUCCUGAUCUGUUACUAUCUAUCUAUUUAUCUAUCUAUCUAUCUAUCUAUCUAUUUAUCCUGGUCUGUUCCUAUCUAUCUAUCUAUCUAUCUAUCUAUCUAUCUCAUCUUUUGUUUUAUGUUUUUCCCCGUUAGACUCGAGUGCUUCUAUGACAGCGAGAGCCGACGAAUGGGUUACAUACAUCGGCAAUCUCCGGCUAUUUCCGUCCCUUACAUCAUGAUCGGGUCGGUCGAAUUCAUCACGGUUCGCAGCGCUUUGAAACUUUUUUCCGAAUUUGAUGAGAAUUGCUUCGUCAAGUGUUUUCUUCGCGACGAUAAGAAGGCAGUGUGUCAGACAACCUGCAGUCAGGACCAGGCCACGCUACUCAGGAAGAUAAAUACCUUGCCGGACGUACAAGCUACAGUAGGUGAGGAUCUCGUGCAAAUCGGCCCGUUGAUUUAUAACUUUCAUCGAUUCAAAGAAACCAUGAGGCGGUUACGAAUUCACAACAAACAGACGGCGCAGAUUCAGUCCCACAAUUCCGAAGACCAAUAUUCUCUCUCUCUCUCUCUCUCUCUCUCUCUCUCUCUCUCUCUCUCUCUCUCUCUCAGACAAGCAGAUUGA